CAGGUUUCAGUUCUAGCGUCAUCAAUUCCAUGAAGCUUACACUCUCGGGAGAUCAUCUCAAUUCGACGUACGCGGAUGAAAGUGGGCGAGUCCUCUAUAAAGUUCAUACUACCAGCACAUUACCAGGAGGAUCAACGACCGUAACCAAGCUUCUUCCGGAUGACAUUCCGCGAAGGGAGGAUGAAAGCGGGAGCGGAUGCAGGGGAGAUAGGUUCGCACAUUUUGCUCGUGUUGAUUGGAAAAGCUAUCAUAUCUUCGCUCAUGGGGAGGAGAUAGCGACGAAGAAACUGUUCAGAAGGGAAGGGUGGAAGAGACAUCGUGUCUUUGUUGGAGAGGAUGGAAAGGAGUACAAGUGGGUUUUAGGGCCUCGGCACUCAGAGUUACAACUGAAUGACGGAUCUAGGACACAAGUUGCCAAGUUCCAUCAAAGAAACAUCUUGGGUAUCUUUGGCGAGAAGAAAUCGGCAGUCCUGGAAAUCUUUCCUGCAGGAGAAACCAUGAUAGACGCUAUCAUGCUGACUUUCGUUUACGUUGAAACGGCUCGAAGGCGUGAAAAAUAACAAAUUCAACACCCUUUCCUCUCCCAUUCCUGGAGCACAGCCGUCGUUAACCCAACUAUCACUCUCUUGGUGAAAGUAGUACUCCGACAAAUUCCGAAUGCGGGUUGAACGUUGAACUUUCCCUACUGGAUGACUUUCCGUCGCCAAAAAAUCCUAGAUUCAAAAUUUCCAGGUCUC